AUGGCCUCCCGCGGUGCGGGCGCCCUACUGACCGAGUUCAACGCCGCCUACGUGCCCCCCGGCCUCAUGCCCGGGUAUGACCGCCGCACACCAGGCCUCGCCUGAACCUGGGGCUCAGAGCCCCUGCGGGCGGGCCACAGCAGUGAGAGGCCUGCGUACCGCAAAAAAAAAAAAAAAAGAGUAUCCCCUGAGAACCUGAGGACCUACCAGACAUUCCCGUCAGGGAAGAGGGUCUCCCCACAGGAGUGGCAGAUGCGGGACGGCUACUUCGAGUUCAGAGCCUGA